AUACAGCGACCAGCGCUCAAGCCCCGUGACCUGCAGACUCUGGAAGAUGCCCUCAGCCACCAGCAGCAAGGCGGUGCCGGGCUCCAGCGAUGCAGUCCCUGGCAUUGGCAACAUCCAGAGCGAAGCCAUGAAACAGAUCUUGGGAAUCAUCGACAAGAAGCUGCGCAAUCUGGAUAAGAAAAAGGGCAAGCUGGAUGACUACCAGGAUCGACUCAACAAGGGAGAACGACUAAAUCAGGACCAAAUGGAUGCGGUGACAAAAUAUCAAGAGUUGGUGACCAACAUGGAAUUUGGCCGUGAACUGCAAAGGAAUUUCAUUGCAUUAGGUCAAGACAUCCAGAAAAGCAUCAAGAAAGCUGCCCGCCGCGAGCAGCUCUUGCGAGAAGAAGCUGAACAGAAACGAUUAAAGACAGUGCUGGAGUUUCAGUUUGUUCUGGAUAAACUGGGAGAUGAGGAAGUGCGGAACGACUUAAAGCAAGGCUUCAAUGGGGUCCCGCUGGUGUCUGAGGAGGAGCUGCUGCUACUGGAUGAAUUCUACAAGCUGGUGAAUCCUGAAAGAGACGCUUCCGUAAGGCUAAGUGACCAGUACGAGCAGGCCUCCACUCACUUAUGGGAUGUGCUGGACAGCAAGGAGAAGUCUGUGUGUGGGACUACAUACAAAAACCUGAAGGAUCUGUUGGAUCGAAUUCUCCAGAGUGGCUACUUUGACAGCGCACAGAACCACCAGAAUGGGCUGUGUGAAGAGGAGGAGCCAACACUCGCAGCACCGCCUGCAGAAGAAGAAGCCCCGGAACUUGAACCAGAACCCGUAGAAGAAUACACUGAGCCCAGUGAAGUGGAGUCCACUGAGUUUGUUAACAGGCAGUUCAUGACGGAGGCUCAGUACAGCGGCAGUGAGAAGGAGCAAGUCGAUGAGUGGUCGGUAGAAACCGUUGAAGUUGUAAACUCACUCCAGCAAGCCGCAACCCCGCCUGUCCCCGAACCCCUCGCAUUAAACGUUAUUGCUCAAGUCCAACCCGACCCCAUUGUCCGGAGGCAGAAAGUCCAAGACCUGAUGGCCCAAAUGCAGGGUCCGUACAACUUCAUGCAGGACUCUAUGCUGGAGUAUGAGAGCCAAGCAAUGGACCCAGCCAUCGUAUCGGCACAGCCCAUGAACCCAUCUCAGACCAUGGACCUACCACAGAUGUUGUGCCCACCUGUGCUCUCUGAGCCAAGGCAGUCUCAGCCCAGCCAAGUUCCAGACACCACACAGGUCGCACUGGUGUCGUCCACAAGUGAAAGCUACACGGGUUCCCCGCAAAUCUACCAACCGUCUCACCCCACAGAAGCCAGAAAUGAUGCCAUGGAGCAGAUCCAGGCGUCGCUAUCCUUAAACCCAGACCCAACGCAGAGCUCGCCGUCUAUUCCUGCUGCUUCCCAACCUCAGGUGUUCCAGACCGGGCCCAACAAACCUCUGCACAGCACCGGUAUCAACGUUAAUGCUGCUCCAUUCCAAUCAAUGCAGACUGUUUUCAAUCUGAAUGCACCUGUCCCUUCUGUGAAUGAGCCAGAAACACUGAAACAGAACCAGUACCAGGCCAGUUACAACCAGACUUUCCCUGGCCAACCUCAUCAAGUGGAACAAACGGAACUUCAACCAGAGCAGCUACAAACAGUUGUAAACACUUACCAUGCAACGUCGGAGCAGACCCACCAAGCACCCUCGGGGCACCAGCAGGCCGCUCAGCAAAACACUGGAUUCCCGCGGAAUAGUCAGCCCUUCUACAACAAUCGAGGGAUGGCCCGAGGAGGUCAGAGAGGUAACCGGGGCAUGAUGAACGGCUACAGAGGCCAAUCAAAUGGCUUUAGAGGAGGAUAUGAUGGCUACCGCGCUGCUUUCCCCAACACUCCAAACAGUGGCUACCCCCAAGCACAGUUUAACGCUCCUCGUGACUACAGCAACAACUAUCAGCGGGACGGAUACCAACAAAACUUUAAGCGCGGAGCUGGGCAGGGAGGUCCCCGGGUGGCCCCUCGAGGUAAUUCCCAAGUGAUGCACUCCUAACUCUGAUUGGACACACCUGAAGACUAGAAGGAACCAAUUCUAGAUCACGUCGGCCACUAUAAAUCUUCCUGCGGAGCCACUAGUUGGGGUAGUAACUCUGCCACCUGGAUGUUCAGUGAAACAAUGUUCUGCUUUUACCUUGUAAAUGACCCCCCCUUUAUAACCCACCUGAGCAGCAGUUAAAAAUUCAACCAAACUUGGCCCCU